UGUAUGAUAGACACUCACUCCUGGUUCCUUCUUCCAGUCAAUAAAAGCCGAUAUCUCGCCUACGUCUCAGUGUGAGUUAUUGAUGGUGCAUCAAUUUUAUUGACUGGAAGUUUUAAAACAUGGAACCCGUUUUGCGUCCGGACCGGUUGGAUUUGGACCCUCAAGACCCUGACGCGGCUCUCGCUUUUGAACACUGGCUUGCAUGCUUCCAAUCGUACUUGGCGGAGCUUCGUGCGACUGAACCCGCCGUUAUGCACAGAAUCCUACUCUCGAGGGUCUCCUCCAAAGUUUACUCCUUUAUCCGGGACCUGCCGACCUACGAAGGGGCACUGGACGCCCUCAAACGACAGUACCUGCGGCCGGUGAACACCGUCUACGCAAGACAUCGCUUAGCUACCCGGCAACAGCGGCCUGGCGAAUCGUGCGCUGAGUUUCUCCGAGCACUACAGACACUCGUCCGAGCUUGUGACUGCAAGACGCUCACGGCAGAACAGCAUGCGGAGCUGCUGGUGCGAGACGCCUUUGUGACGGGACUGCGGUCAGUGUACAUGCGCCAGCGGCUGCUGGAGAACUCGGAUCUUACCUUAAGCUCGGCGAUAGAGAAGGCCAACGCUCUAGAAGCUGCGCGGCAUAACGCCGACGCUGUCCAGUCGCGCGAUUCCCCGCCGGUUUCGUGGACGCCUCAGACCCCGCCACCGCCGGCUCCCGGGAGCGAAUUCGCCAACGCCGCCGCCUGUCGCCAUUCCACGAGCUCCCCGACCCAGACCACGGCUGUGGCCCGUAAGAAACUCGUGCUUUGUUAUUUCUGUGGCCAAAAGAAACAUCCUCGACAACGCUGUCCAGCGCGAGAAGCGACCUGCUCCAGCUGCGGAAAGCGGGGCCACUUCGCCAAGGUCUGUAAGUCUCAACCUCGAGCGGAGUGCAGCGCUGCGGGUGAAACGUGGGGGCCGCCAUCUUGCAUGCCGGGAUGUGGGCGGCCAUCUUUGUCGACGUCAGCACGCCCCGCCCCCGAUCCUCGGAUGCUGACCGGGUACCCCGGAUGUGAGCGGCCAUCUUUGUCGGCGUCAGCAUGCCCCGCCCCCGACCCUCCGAUGCUGACCGGGUACCCCGACGGCGAUCCAACUCUGGCCACUGUGACUCUCGACCAAAGCGCCCCACACCAGCUUGCAAGAUCCAUGAUGGACAUCCAGGUGGAGGGGCAUUGGACUGGAUGCCUGUUUGACACGGGCAGCACUGGGAGUUUUAUUCACCCGGACACAGUGCAACGCUGCGGACUUGCUACGCGGCCGGUCAGUCGGAGGUUCCAUUUGGCCUCUGGGUCGCAGUCCGCAGACAUCCGGGCGGGUUGUGUAGCGACUUUGGUGGUGCAAGGCACAGAAUAUCGGGACUUUGAACUGCUGGUCAUGCCUAAUCUGUGUGCACCUGUGCUAUUGGGACUGGACUUCCAGAGCCAUCUCGAAAGUGUGACUAUGGUAUACGACAGGCCCCUCCCACCACUCACUGUCAAGAAUCCUCAGUUUUGUGGGACUUCUUCACAUACCCCGCUACUGACCACACACACACACGGACACACACAUCCCAUCCAGAACCAGGCCAACAGCUGCGCUACCGACACUUGCAGCCUCUCCACUCUCAAGAUCCCUCCCCCACCGCUGUUCGCCAACCUGACCCCCGACUGUAACCCUGUGGCAACCAAAAGCAGGAGGUACAGCGCGGGGGACCGGGCCUUCAUUCAGUCGGAGGUGCAGCGGCUGCUCAGGGAGGGGAUCAUUGAGCCGAGCACAAGCCCUUGGAGGGCCCAGGUGGUUGUUGUUCGGACUGGGCAGAAAAAUAGGAUGGUGGUGGACUAUAGUCAAACCAUCAAUAGGUUUACGCAGCUUGACGCAUACCCCCUACCCCGCAUCGCGGAUAUGGUCAACCAGAUUGCUCAGUAUAAGGUGUACUCGACAAUAGAUCUGAAAUCCGCUUAUCACCAGCUCCCCAUCUGCCCAGAGGACCGCCCCUACACCGCCUUCGAGGCGGGCGGCCGGCUCUAUCACUUCCUGCGCGUCCCUUUCGGUGUCACGAAUGGUGUCUCUGUCUUCCAGAGGGAAAUGGACCGGAUGGUGGACCAGUACCAACUGCGGGCCACAUUUCCCUAUCUGGAUAACAUCACCAUCUGUGGUCAUGACAGGCCAGAUCACGACGCCAACCUCCAACGGUUUCUCCAAGUGGCCGCAGCUCUGAACCUUACUUAUAACAGGGACAAGUGUGUUUUUGGUACCACCCGCCUUGCUAUACUUGGGAAGUCUGUCACUGGGACCACCCUACCAGUUUGGCUGACGUCCCCGGGGCCAGUGCUGCUCCGGAAACAUGUGAGGAGCAAUAAAUACUCCCCGCUGGUGGAGAGGGUUCACCUUCUCCAUGCGAACCCCCAGUAUGCUUACGUGGUCUUACCUGAUGGGCGGGAGGACACGGUCUCCAUCCGCGACCUGGCACCCGCAGGUGCAGCAGACCACUACCCUGAAGGCUCUCCGGUAACUGUGAACCCUGCACCAGAGGUGACACCGUACUCACCAGGCCCUACACAGACUCCUCACGACACUUGUAUACCGGGCGUUUCGUACGCAUUUAUACCAGGCGCCUCGCACAUGCAUGAGGGAUCACCGGCACCUAGUGGGCAAGAACACGCGCAACCCCCGUCCCCUGUGCAAUCGCCAAUGUUGCCGGCACCUAUGCGGUCACAGCCGGUGCUACGUAGAUCGCAGCGACAGAUUCGACCGCCUGAUCGGCUUGACUUGUAAGAACCUUCGCUACAUGAGGACUUUUUCAAACGAAGGGGGGGUGAAUGUGGUGAACUAUGUGCCUGUCGGGACACGCCCCUGCUGACUGCUCCUGUGGCUCCUCCCACAGGCCCCCUGUAUAAAGGAGACCUGCGGCCUGAAGAUCGGCCUCAGUCUCCAGGACCUUGUAUGAUAGACACU